CGGAGGGGGGGAGGGGACGCCGGGCGCUGUCAGUGGAGCGCGGCGCGCGCUUCCAGGCCGGGUUCUGAGCUGCGAGCCUGGGCGGCCCGGGCGGGCCCAGGCUGGUCGCUCCCGCUGUCACCUUCCAAAAGCCGCCUCUUGUAGACGCGCCUGAAAUGCAGAGCACGGGCCACUAAGCAGCCCCGCCAGGCACAACUACAACGCUUAGGAGCUCAUGCCCCUAGCCUCUGCGCCCCCAGAUUCAGGCAGAUCAUCUGAGAGGACCCAGGCUCCAGACAUGUUUCCUUUGAAGGAUGCUGACAUGGGUGCCUUCACGUUCUUUGCCUCGGCACUCCCACAUGAUGUCUGUGGAAGCAACGGACUUCCUCUUACGCCAAAUUCCAUCAAAAUCUUAGGUCGCUUUCAAAUCCUUAAGACCAUCACCCAUCCUAGACUGUGCCAGUAUGUGGAUAUUUCUAGGGGAAAGCAUGAACGACUAGUGGUGGUGGCUGAGCACUGUGAGCAGAGUUUGGAAGACCUGCUUCGGGAAAGGAAGCCUGUAAGUUAUACAAAGGUUUUGUGCAUAGCAUUUGAAGUACUUCAGGGCUUACAGUACUUGAACAAGCAUGGCAUAGUACACCGGGCACUGUCUCCUCAUAACAUCCUGUUGGAUCGAAAGGGUCAUGUUAAACUGGCUAAAUUUGGACUUUAUCACAUGACAGCUCAUGGUGAUGAUGUCGAUUUCCCAAUAGGGUAUCCCUCUUAUCUGGCACCUGAGGUGAUUGCACAAGGAAUUUUCAAAACUACUGAUCAUGGGCCAAGUGAAAAACCAUUGCCUUCUGGCCCCAAGUCAGAUGUAUGGUCUCUUGGGAUAAUUUUAUUUGAGCUUUGUGUGGGAAGAAAAUUGUUUCAGAGCCUGGAUAUUUCUGAAAGACUAAAAUUUUUACUUACUUUGGGCUGUGUAGAUGACACUAUAACAGUUCUGGCUGAGGAACACGGUUGUCUGGACAUUAUUAAGGAACUUCCUGAAAAUGUGAUGAAUAUUUUGAAGAAGUGCCUCACCUUCCAUCCCUCUAAGAGGCCAACCCCAGAUGAAUUAAUGAAGGACCAGGUGUUCAGUGAAGUGUCACCUUUAUACACCCCCUUUACCAAACCUGCCAGUCUGUUUUCAUCUUCUCUGCGAUGUGCUGACCUAACUCUGCCUGAGGAUAUUGAUGGCCUGUGUAAAGUAGAUAUGGACAGUGAUCACCUGGCAGAGAGAUCUAUUGAGGAGGUUUACUACCUGUGGUGCUUGGCUGGGGGGGACCUGGAGAAGGAGCUUACAAACAAGGAAAUUAUUCGAUCCAAACCACCUAUCUGCACACUUCCUAAUUUUCUCUUUGAAGAUGGUGAAAGUUUUGGGCAAGAUCGAGAUAGAAGCUCACUCUUAGAUGAUACCACUGUGACAUUGUCCUUAUGCCAGCUAAGAAACAGAUUAAAAGAUGUUGGAGGAGAAGCAUUUUAUCCAUUACUUGAAGAUGACCAGUCAAAUUUACCUCAUUCAAACAGCAAUAAUGAGUUAUCUGCAGCUGCUACCCUACCUUUAAUCAUCAGAGAGAGGGAUACGGAAUAUCAGCUAAACAGAAUUGUUCUCUUCGACAGGCUGCUGAAGGCUUAUCCAUAUAAAAAAAAUCAAAUCUGGAAAGAAGCAAGAGUUGACAUCCCUCCACUUAUGAGGGGUUUAACCUGGGCUGCUCUUCUGGGAGUGGAGGGAGCUAUUCAUGCCAAAUAUGAUGCAAUUGACAAAGACACUCCAAUUCCCACCGAUAGACAAAUUGAAGUGGAUAUUCCACGCUGUCAUCAGUACGAUGAACUGUUAUCAUCCCCAGAAGGUCAUGCAAAGUUCCGACGUGUACUGAAAGCUUGGGUAGUUUCUCAUCCUGAUCUUGUGUACUGGCAAGGUCUUGACUCACUUUGUGCUCCAUUCCUAUAUCUGAAUUUCAACAAUGAAGCCUUAGCUUAUGCAUGCAUGUCUGCCUUUAUUCCCAAAUACCUGUAUAACUUCUUCUUGAAAGACAACUCACAUGUAAUACAAGAGUACCUGACUGUGUUCUCUCAGAUGAUUGCAUUCCAUGAUCCAGAGCUGAGUAAUCAUCUCAAUGAGAUUGGCUUCAUUCCUGAUCUCUAUGCCAUCCCUUGGUUUCUUACCAUGUUCACUCAUGUAUUUCCUUUGCACAAAAUUUUCCACCUCUGGGAUACAUUACUACUUGGAAAUUCUUCUUUCCCGUUCUGCAUUGGAGUAGCCAUUCUUCAACAGCUGCGUGACCGGCUUUUGGCUAAUGGCUUCAAUGAAUGCAUCCUUCUCUUCUCUGACUUACCAGAAAUUGACAUUGAGCGCUGUGUACGAGAGUCGGUCAAUCUGUUUUGUUGGACUCCUAAAAGUGCUACAUACAGACAGCAUGCUCAGCCUCCAAAACCGACUUCUGAAAGCAUUGCAGUCCGCAGCUCAGCGCCCUACUUCUCUGUUGACUGUACAGAUCCUCCAAAGACAGACCUGUCAAGAGAAUCCAUCACUUUAAGUGACCUAAAAUCAGAAGUAUCACCCCGGAUUUCGGCAGAGGACUUGAUUGAUUUGUGUGAGCUCACCGUGACAGGCCACUUCAAGACCCCCACCAAGAAAACAAAGUCCAGUAAGCCAAAGCUCCUGGUGGUCGACAUCAGAAACAGUGAAGACUUUCUUCGAGGUCACAUUGCAGGCAGCAUCAACAUCCCGUUCAGUGCUGCCUUCACAGCGGAGGGAGAACUCAGCCAGGGCCCUUACACCACGAUGCUUCACAACUUCAAGGGCAAGGUCAUUGUGAUCGUAGGCCACGUGGCAAAGCCCACCGCCGAGAACAACUGCCAAGUCAUCCUCUGGGCACUUACUUCCAUGCCCUGCUAAGAAGAAAAGUUAUCUUGUCCCAGUCUGUGUUAUUCUACCUACUGACCCUGCCUCCCACCACUUAAUUACUCCAGGCCACAGGAAUGUGUGUGGCUGAACAAGGAACUAAGCACAGGAGCCCUCUUCCCUGACCUGCAAAGGACCGAGCUUGGCUGUGGUCCAUCACAGCCCUGAAUGUUUGAUUCUGAGUUUUUAUCAUACACAUUCUUCUCAGAACAGGGGUAGCACACAGUGUGGGCCUACUGUUCUCAGUUGUCUAGUGUAAACAAAGUGAUAGAUGAUUACUGCUGAAUUCACUUCCCAAAUAUACAGAUCAAAAGGAAAUAUAGCAGGAGAGUCUGUAGGUCUCCUGACACACGGAAUUAUUACAUGAUGGAAUUUUAUCAGAAGUGCUGUUCUCUGACAUGAGCCAGUGUAUACUUUCUUAGGAAUAAGAACUAUUUCAAAUAACAUUGCUAUCAUAUUUACUUUUUAAAUUUUUUCCUAUAUAUACAAGACUGUUGGGAGUUCUUUGACUGUGUAAACAAUUUUUAAGCAAUAACUUAGGGUUCUAUAGAGGACCAUCAUAAAAAAGUGCUAAGUGAGCAUCUUAAAUUUGUAAAUGAAGUUAUUAUAAAAGAAAAAUUGUUAUCUAGAGUACACUGUGAGUUUGGAGAGGUCUUUGAACCUGUUGGAAAAAUACAUAAAUGUAUACAUGUAUGCUAUUUUUGAGGGAAAGAAAGUUAUCCUAUGACUGGCAAAAGGAUAUGUGAUGUAAUAACUAGUAAGACUCAAGGGGUGUGGGCCUACAUCAUGGGGUAUCCAGGUAUUCCUCAAGUACUGCCUUCUAUCUCGUUUGUCUGCUUUGUGAAUCUGAGUGUAUGCAAUUGCUCAAUGGUGGAACUGUAAAUUCUUCUACUUAGAAAAGUAAAUAAGGAAAGGGAAGAGGAAGGAAACUAUUUGGGUCUGGGGUUUCUAUAGACCACAGCAAUGAAAACAAUCUUGGGAAAAAAAAAGGUCUACAUUGUAUGGGAAUUAGACCAUGGAAGGCAGGGAUAGAAGCAGGAAAACGAGUUAAGAGUUGAAUAACUGUAAUCUAGGGAUCAAAUAACAGGUCACUUGGGAUAGUCCAGUAUAGUAGCUGAUAAGGAGUGAUCACAUUCUGAAUAUGUUUUGAGGAUUUAAAACUAUGUGGGAGCCACAGGAGAGAGAAUAUCAGCUUUAUUUCCUGACUACCUAGAGGAAUAAGUUGCCAUUUCCUGAGAUGAAGGAAGUUAAGGUAGACAUGGCUAGAAACCAAUGAUUACUUCUGAGAGGACAACAAGUCUAGGACAGAAAGAUUAAUGAGCUUGUAGCUUAGGGAAGAGACAGUUUAGUCACAAGUGUAUAGAUGGGAGUAAAGCCCUGAAACUAACUGAAACCACAUAGCUGUGUAUGAGGAAGACAAAGCUGGGGGCAGAGAAGAUGGACAGGAAACCCACCAGAGUGGACAGAAGGGUACAGAUAGUGAGUUAGUAUGAGAAUCCGAUGAGGCUGGAAGACUUAAUAACUGAUUGAGGAAAAUUUUGAGAAAGGGAGGGGGCAUAGUCAAAUGUGUAAUGGCAUUGAUGGAUCAAGUGGAGUUUUAACCAAAGUAACCCUAAUCAUGGGAUCUGGCCAUGCAUGACACAUUAAUAACCUUGAUAGGAGUAUUGGGGAGUGAUAGGAACAAAAGUUUAUCUGAAAGACUUUGGGAGAACAGGCCUCAUGAAAAAAAAAUGGAGAGACAGAAAUAAACCUAGAAGUAAACGAAAUUCAAAGAGCAUCUGUCAUGCUGUGUACCCUGCUUGGAUCCCAAUUCAAAUAACUCAAGUGAGCAAACAUUGAAGAAUAGGUGGGUGUGUGCAUAGAGGCAGAUAGAGAGGUGGACAUUCUUUUUAAAGAUAACCUGUCUCUGUAGGCUAAACUGGCCUCAAACUUGUAAGGGUCUCCAGCUGAACCCUCCAGUGGUGUACCCCCAAACCUGGAUAUUGUUAUUACCUAAAUGUGAUACCACUGGUAUUGUAUAUAUUUAAGUCUUUUCAUUUUAAAUAACUUAUGUGUUAAAUGUGACAGUUUCCAGAAUUUGCAUCAGAAGAAAUAAAAAGGUGACAUGAUUA